CAAAGGUUCACGAGAGAACUAACCCAUUUAAUCAGUUAUUAGCUGCCUCCCCUAUAAGCAGAUUGGGUACAGAAAAAAAAUAGAAUAAAAGAGGGAGGAGGAGUGAGAGGGAAAGAGAGAAAUCUCCCUACAGACUGGUUGUCUGGGACUCAAGAAUUACAAAAACAACCUCCACCCCAGGACGGAGGGAGUAUGUGAGAGGGAAGGGGGAGGAGGAGGAGAGGGAGGUUGGGAAGAGAAAGGCGAGGCACAGAGGGGAAUCCCUCUCCAGCCCUCCUGGAUCACCCCACCGGAGCCCAGCCGCCCAAGAUGUUUGAUAACACGCAGUAUCCUUACAACUGCUUCAACUACGACGGGGAUGACUAUCCAGCUUGCAGCUCCGACGAGGAGAAGAAACUCACUCGCCCGGCUUACAGCUACAUUGCCUUGAUUGCAAUGGCCAUCCAGCAAAGUCCUUCCAAUAAAGUGACCCUGUCUGGCAUUUAUGACUUUAUAAUGAAGAAAUUCCCUUACUACAGAUCAAACCAAAGAGCGUGGCAAAACUCCAUUAGGCAUAACUUAUCCCUUAACAGUUGUUUUGUAAAGGUGCCCAGGACCGAAGGGAAUGAGAAGGGAAAAGGAAAUUACUGGACCUUUGCUUCGGGUUGUGAAUCCAUGUUGGAUCUUUUUGAAAAUGGGAAUUUCAGGAGGAGACGUCGAAGGAGGAACGUGAAACGGGAACGCAAGGAUCAAAGACCGCUUGGAACUGAAGGGCCGCCUUCUCCUGAGCUGGCUGCUGCAGAUUCCCAUUCCCUGGGGAGCACUUGCCCUGACAGGAAAGCCAAGAAUUCCCAACCUGGAUCGCAGCACCUGGAUCCACCACUUCCAUGCUUCCCAAAUGGCCUCUCCAGCCAGCAGAACCUAAACAACUCUGCUCUAGGAAAACCUGACUCGGAAAUUAAGUUUAGUAUUGAUUACAUUCUUUCAGCCCCUGACCCUCUGCCCAUGUUAAGAUCACCGUAUAAUGCACAAAAUAAUAAAUAUCACAUAUUGGAGUCCCAACAGAUUAACCUCCAGUUUUGGACAAUGUGAUUCCCAACCAACCCAAUUCUGUACUAAAUUUCUUAUUUUGAAUUUGGUCUGUCUUCUUCGCUUUCUGAAAAAGAUGACAUCGAUGCAUUUGAAUCAGAUGACCUAGUACGUGAAAUUCAAGGUCUUAAUUUCAGUUGUUGAUGAUUAACCUUUUAUCUAUUCUCCUUUGGCUUUUGACCUUUGUCAGAUUCAAAAUGCAAAAUUGUGGCAUGAUUUUCAAGAGCUCUACCUUGAGAGGUGUCUGUUUAGUUCUGAUUUUACUGACACAUUCUGUAGGUUCACCCAAUAUAUGUUUUGAUUUCUGAGAAGGGAAUAGAUUCCAGAUCAUUUUUAUGCAAGUUGAUAUAACAUUUUAUUCCAAGCUUAUUCACUGUAUUAUUCAGUAUUGCAUCUCAUAAAACCAAUAUCUGGAAAUGGAGAUGCUAAUUACACUGUUGUGGGAAUCUGAGUAAUUCUGUUACACAAACUAUUACAGUAAAGGGUGAUUUAUCCCAAUGCUCCUGACUCUGGUCAGUGUUGCUGAGUGAUGUGAUAAGAGCUGACAGUUAUACUUUAACUUGUAAACCAAGAUUCCCCUUGUGCUAUCAGAGGUUUUGGUGAUAGUUCAAAACAUGCCUGGCACUUAUGUGAUUUAAGAAGGAAAAAAGGAUGUGCAAGGAAUUUAAUUCACAGACAUAAUGUGGGAUGAAAGCAGCUCUUCACACUCCUUCAGCACAAAUUGUUUAUUUGAAUUUUCUGCAACUAAUCACCAAAGUGGUAUGUGAUCAGAUUGUUCGGGCAUUAGAGAGCUAUACCAUUAUUGACAUCAAAGUCAGGCUCUGAUGCCUUUGUUGGAAAUGUAAGUUAAUUAAAAUUUAGAGGUGGAUAUUUUUAAAAAAUACAAUGAAACAAUUUUACCAAACUUAGCCUUUUUCACAAACACAUUUUUGUGGAGUUAAUUGCCUUCUGUGAGUUAAGCAUCAGUAUGGCUUCCACAAAAUCAUUUUUGCAAGGUGGCUACUAGAUGCUGGUUGGUUUACUGACAAUUGUGUUAAGCUUUUUUUUUAAGCCUGUCUUUGUAACAGGGACUGAAGAUAAAUGAAGGUUGGCAAAAUGAUGAGUUGAAUCAAAGCUGGGCAAAGAUAUUCUUAAACAUGGCUUGAAUUUUUAUACAGAAGGUUUGACAUUUCAGUAAGUUAUUUUACAUUUUAGUCACAUACUGUAUAUAUACACAAUCUAUUCUUAUAUAUCAUCUUUGAAAGGAGAAAGAAAGUCACUGGCACUUAUAAAUGUUGUGAAAUGCAUGUUUGUCUUGUUUCACAGUCAACAGUAUAGUCUUGCUAUUACAGUUCUCCUCACCCCCAAAAUCUUCCCAGUUAUUUUCUUCUAACUGGGGUGUGCUUUGGGGCUCCAAAACACUCUUCAAUCUGAACUGUACUGGAGCUCCUAAGACGCCUUUAUUAUCUACCUGAAAAGCAAGAAGAUAGAGAUUACUAAAGAACAAACACAAAAACACCCUUACCUCCAGCUUUCUCAGAUUUUUUAAUUUAUGCAGAAUAUUAUGUUCAUCCUGUAGGUAGGAUGGUGUAUGUAUAUUUUGUGGUUUUAAGUGAAUGCACUUCAGUGUAUGUAUAGUUAUAUUUAUCUCUGUGCAACUGUCUCACCUAAAAUGUUAUUUUUAAUUAUGCUUCUUUUAAACAGGACAGUGAUGAUGCAAUUCAGUCUUUAAUGACCAUAAGUAUGUAUUGAGUAUUUGAAAAUAUAUUUUUCUGCAGCAAACUAAGCAAAUAUAAUUUACAUUGUACCAUAUGGUUAUAAUUAUUUAGUGCCUUUGUCUAACCAAUGAAACUGUUUUGGAGCAGAAGUUUCCUACUGUGCAAACAUUUGGAUAUAAUGGCUCAGAACUGCUUUACGAAAGGAAAAAAACCCAAAAUGAUGAAUUUUCAGUAGGGAUCUAAGCCCACCUUAGUUAACUUAACGUUCUCCAUCCAGACAUUCAUUUAGCUUAAACUGACUCUUGAGAAAGGAAUGUUUGGUGCUGUGCUAACAUGCAAUCAGAGAUAUUUGUAUGUACAGAUAGGUGCUAACAUUUGUUUUGCAAAGGAUAUCAAUCAUGUUUCUAAAAGUAAAGGGACAUUUUUCAAUUUACCCAGCAUAUUAUAUUCGGCCUGCUUUAGAAAGGUUUCGAGCACUUAAAGUGAAUGGCAUUUAAUAUAGAACAACAAAACAGGGGUGAGAGGUAGAUGUGACCUAUUCAAAUGUCGCUGCCAUUAUAUAGCCAUUCCCAGUGCAAUUAUAAUUAAAUACUUUAUGCCUUUCUUGCAAAUCCUCUGAUCGAUCAUUGAUAUUAACAUUAAUAUUGUAUUACCCCCGAGCAGAUGUCUGCCACACAAGUGUUAUGGAUCACCAGUUUUCCAUUAACUAAGUUGUGAGGCAGUGCCAUAUACUAGUCAAGGAUAAAUUUCCGUAAAUUACCUUAUCCUAAAACAAAGCUUCUGAGACUGUUUUGUACAAGAGCAAGCAAUGUUAUUCUUUCUCAUAGGCCAGAGUGUGUCUGAACAUUAUGUGCUCCUGAAUCUACGGAAGCAAGAUGUACCAAUAAAGGAUAAU